CAAGCCUCUUCUUGUGUUUACUGCUUGGCACGCCUUGAGAAGGAAUUCAACUUGAAUCGACUUGGCUCAACUGUCUAUUACACGUUCCACAUAAAGCAUCGAGCUUUUAUACAACCACACAACUCUUCCAGUUCACACAACAAUCACCACAAACCAUCCACUUGGUUCACUCAACUCUCUUCAACAACCUCAAACCACAUCCACAAUCACUAUGCCUUCUCAAGGUCAAAGCUGGUGGGCUCGCCACUGCACCCCCCGACCUCCCAUCAACCCCGUCGUCGCCUGCCCUUGCCACUACUGCUACAACAAAGUCGCCGAAGAGCUCGACUACCCAAAGUCGUCUCACGGCUCCGAAGCCAGCACUCCCGCUCCUUCGAGGCCCGUCAGCCCCCAUGGCCGCACCAGCUCAGCAUCGUCCACUCAUGUUGAGAAGGCCGACAAGCAGUAAACGAAACGAUGACCGAUAUUCUUCGAGUCGAAAAAGAAGUAUCUUGAGAGAUCCCUUGGAUAAUUACAAGAUAUACAUUUCGGUUUCAGCAUUUCUUCGUCUUCUUUCUCUCUAUCGAGCGAGCGAAUACAAGCCCAAGAAUUUUAUAUACACAAGAGGCGGCAAAAGCACCAACGGCGCUUCUCCCGAUCAGUUCGGGUUCGGCCUCCGGCCCCACUUUCACUUACAGCGGCCAAGCCGGACAAAAAUCAACACAAGAAGGGGAUUAGGCAAGGAGGGAGGAUAAAUAAUACGAGCGGGUUUUGGAUCUUAGCGAUGGAUAUUUUUUUUGUUUGUUGGAAUACCCCCUCUUAUGGAAUUUAGAGUCUCAUAUGUUUUUAAAGCAAAUCCCUUAUUUUAUCUUUUUAAGAUG